UUUGUCCAGUCCAGUCAACUUUUGUCCUUCUGAUUGUUAACAUCCAAAUAAAAAUUUCCUCACGUUACCAUAACAACCGAGAGAAAUAUGCCUAUACUCCGUUCUGAUGCUACAAUGCCGUCCUUCGAGGAAGUUACAGAAAUUUUUGUGCUCGGAUUUUGCAAUUUGGUCGUGGGACCCCUCAUUUUUAUGUGGGAAUUCUUUGCCCUGGCUGAAACUGACGUGGAACAAAGGAACGAGCUGGAGCUAGAACUGGAAUAUGAUCCGCAUUUAUGGGCCUAUAUUUCCAUGAUACUCUGCUCCUUUGUUUCCGGAUUGUGCGCAAUGUGGGCAGUCACCGUAGUCCGUAACGACUGCUAUUGGGAGAUCAAAUUGGGAAGGCUGGCAGCGUCCUUGGCGGCAGCGUUAUUCUUCCAAAAUCUGGCGUUCAUGUUCUACAACCUGGAUCCUUUGGGGUGGAGGAAGAAGAAUGGACUUCUGGAGACAUGGGGACAGAUUGACUUGCUCCCCGGUACGUGUGUGUAUUGUGUCCCGGUGCAAUACUAUUUUACGAGGCAGACUGCUCUAUUUGUUAUGGAUGUAGAAGAUGUGGUAAAAACUCGACAAAUGAUUGUAAAGAUUGCGCAGCGAAACAGAGCUAGCAACUGAUUUCUGGAGAAAUUUAUGUAAGUACGUAUUUUCUUGUAAUUGAGCAAACAUUUGAUUGAUAUGGUUUGAUAAAAGUUAGAAGCUGAAGGAUUAUUUAAAUUAUUUAAAUCGUGUGUGUAAUUGUAACAUAUAUUAUUUUAAAAACGAUUAAUAAGAAUUCCAUGAGAUUGUUCAAAGUUAUAUAUUUGCGAAAAUAUUGUGUAACGAUGGUGUCUUCGUGUAUUGAUUAAGCAAUUAUUAAAGUAAGUGAUGUAAUUCUUAAGUAUUAAUUAUAUAUGUAAAUAUAUUUCUCGGGUGUGAAGUCAAGUAAAAAUUUUUAUAUGCUUUCUCAUUGUA